AUGAAUCUUCUUAUAAGUUUUAUGUUGGUUUUUGCUACCUAUUACAGAUUUGGUACAGCUUGCAAGAUCAACCGUAUAGAACUUCAUAAUCAGCUUGGUCCUGGUAUUGUUCUUCAUUAUUAUUGUCGUGACAAGACGCGCAAAUAUCCUUUUGAAACACAAGAAUUAAAAUUUAACACCACACGUGUCCUCGAAUUCAAAGACGCUGCGGUCACUUAUACAAAGACAACAACGGAUUGUUAUUUCAAGUAUGGUAAGUAUUACCAUGAUUUUCUAGCAUAUCGGGAAGCCACUCUCGGACGAUGUGGCCAACUACGUUCAUAUACUGCCAGAAAAGAUGGAAUUUAUUUUACAAGGAGAUAUGAAAAACCAGGGGAAUUUAAAUUUCAUUGGAAUGUUGGUACAUUUGUACCAAAAACAUAA